AGGACUAUUUUUUUGUGUCGACCUGAGGACGCGACACGCAUGUUGCCAAAAGCAACUGCCGACGGUUGUGUACAAAAUGGAUAAACGAUCCAAGAAAGCGCCAUCGAUCAACCGCAGAGAGAUACCCAAAAAGAAAAACACGCAGAGAGGGAGUUACUUGACGAGAGAUGGGCUCCGUGGUGGGCACGGCGGCGAGCGGCGUGGGCGCGCUGGUCGGCGACGCCGUGGCCGCGCCCUUCAGGGCCCUCCUCGGGGCGUCCUGCGAGGGCGUCUGCUCCGGGACGUGGGACAUGGCCUGCUUCCUGGAGCACCUCUGCGUCGCCAGCCUCGCCAGGCUCUUCAUGGUCAUCGUCCUCACCUACGUCGUGCUCUUCUUCGCCUACCUCGUGUGCAAGGCAGGGAUCGUCCGGUGCGUGGCCAAGAACGCCUGCAAGGUCGCCGGGGCGGCGUGCUCCGGCUGCUGCCGCGUGAUGCGGGGCGCGUCGUGCUUCUGCUGGCGCAGGCUGCGGGACACCAGGCGCGUCUACCACGGCCGUCGCGGCCGCGGCCGGCGGUGGCCUCCGGACGUGGAGAGCGGGGCAGGAGAGUGGGGGUACGACGAGGAGAGCGACGGCGGUGGUGAUCGCGGCCAUGGUACGAUGGGCGUGGGCGGUGCGAGGUGGGGCAGGGCGAGAGAUGGGUCGUCGUCGUCGUCGGUGAGGGAGAGGAGGAAGGACAGGCUGCGCCGGUCGCUGCGCCUCCGGAGACUCACCUCCAACAAGGAGCAGUACGCCACGGCGAGGAGCCAUGGGGGCGGAAGGCACCACCGCGGCAGGGGCGGGGUGCCGUCCACGUCGCUCCGUGCUGAUGCCGGGAGCAAGUUUAAGCGUGUCCGUGCAUAAAAUAAUAAAAGCUUGACAUGGCCAGCAAACUUUAUCUUUGAUUAAGGUUCCUCGAAAGAAAUUGUGGAAAAUAGUGGGAGGAGAAAUGUGUUUGAUGUGAUGCUAGACCUGUAAAGUAAGUUCGUCGCAGAAAAGUUAGAACAAUAAAGGUCAGGAUAAGAGUUUUUUUAUCAAGCACGUGAGG